AGUGCGCCGCCGCAGCCAAUGUUAUAUCUUGACGCUAAAGUUAAAGAGCAGUUUGUCAUGCGCUGGGUGCGAGUUGUCCUUAUUGCUGGCUUUUUGGUUCCUUUAUGAUUUUUAUUCAAACUCUGCACUCAUUUACAGAUUGGAAGGCGUUGAUCUGCAUCUUUAAUUUCUGUGCAAUGGCCAGAGGAAAGAAGAAAGGGCCGAGCUCCUGUAAAACGAAAGCCGAAGACGCCACCCAGACCUCGGACAAGACGACAACGAAGGAGAACAAAAAGCCAGAAAUGAACGGGGAAGUCCUUUGUAACGGCCAGUCUUCAAUUCGCAGUUUUUUGAGUCCAGUCAAGUCCUACAGUCGCUCUCCACUUCAUGAUGAAAACUGCAUACCUCACAUCAAUGACACAAACAGUCAAGUGAAACAUAAUGGAAACAGUGGGACACCAAAGCACAAUGAAGCAGAUAAACAGACUGUGUGCCAUGAGGAUAACGGUGCUAUUAAACCAGUGGCAAAGGAGUCUAAACAGGCUGGUGCAGAACCUGUGAAGAUAAGUGAACAGCUAGAAAGCAAAGACACUCGAGGGCAGUCCACUGUGCAGCAGACGGGAAAGGACAAUGGUGGCAACAGAGGCAGCAUUAAGAAAGAGAGCCAGCGUAAGGUUAAAGGCAGGCAGUCAGGACGCAGAAUAGGCGAUAGCAAAGUCUCCCAAAACAAGAAAGUAACAGACUAUUUUGCCAUAAGAAGAAGUUCUCGGAAAAGCAAAACUGAACUAAAGUAUGAAGAAAAACGACAAAUUGAUAAUUUAAUUACCAGUGGAACUGAAGAGGGGAUGAAGGUUGAAUAUAUUGAAGGGAAAGGCAGAGCGGUUUUUGCUACCAAGAAGUUUGAGAGAGGAGAGUUUGUUGUUGAAUACCAUGGUGACCUUAUAGAGUGUACAGAUGCCAAGGAGAGAGAAGCUAUGUAUGCUCAAGACCCUGACACAGGCUGCUAUAUGUAUUAUUUCCAGUUUCUGAAUAAAACCUUCUGUGUGGAUGCUACAAAAGAAACUAGUCGACUUGGAAGACUGAUAAACCACAGUAAGAAUGGAAACUGUCAGACUAAGCUACAUGAAAUCAACGGAAUACCUCACCUCAUUCUUGUUGCAUCACGUGAUAUACAGGAAGGUGAGGAGCUACUUUAUGACUAUGGAGACAGAAGCAAAGCUUCGAUUGCUGCACACCCUUGGCUCAAACAUUAACAUGCCAUGUUGCAUCAAGGGUUUCUUUUAAACUUUAUAGCUGCCCUUAUUCGUGUUUUAUUUUGAAAUAAAGCUGCUUUUUGGUGGAUAUUUUAAUUUAUGUUAGGUAGUGAUUGAAAUCUCAUGUUUUUGCUUCAGCAAAAAUGUACUUCAAUGCCAGCAUGUCUACCUUACAUACACUGCAGCAUGCAGGCAGUUUUAGCGGCAAAAGGAGUUUUAAAUAUGUAUUUAUUAGUACUUGACUACUGAGAGCGCAUGAGUUUUAAACUCCAUCUUGGGUUGCGGCAACAGAAGUUGAGCCAAAAUAUCCAUCACUUUGAUAUGAACCUUUUUCUUUUUUUAAGACUUAACUACAGCUGAACAGACUUGACUGUAAACUCUUAAAGAGAUGUAUUGCUUUAAAAUUUUAAAUGUGUUGCCUUAGCCGCUGUGAAUAUUAGACUGAGGGAUAUGCAUAAACCAAAAUGUCUUGUAUUAUAUACUUUUUAUAUAAAUAUGUAUAGUAUACAACAGUACUAGAUUUCAAACCAUUUUUGUAUAUUUUGUAUAUGAGCAGGUGAGUGCUUCCAGAGCAUGCAGUUGUAAUGUAGCUGCACUUUUUUUUAAAAUACAGAUUUUCUAUUCUGAUACUAGAUGUUUUAGAUGAGCAUAUGCUUAGCAAUAAUACUUUUAUUUGUGGUACCAGCGACAAAUUUGAAAUAUACUUCAGAAAUUGCAAUAUGCUACAAUAUGAAUGUGUGUGCAUUGAAGAAAUAAAAAAAAAUGUGACAUAUGUCAAUAAACCUUAAACAGGGGAAUUUGUUUUGCCAGUGAGGUUUAUUUAAUAAAAUCUUGUGUACAUAAAAUGUUUAAAUGCUUUGUAACAAUAAAUCUGUGAGCGCUUUAGAA